AUGUUUAUUCCCACGCCUAUUUUAGGUUUGGCCAUCGGAGGUCAGAAGUUUACAGUCAGAGUUCAGGCAUGCUACGCUGGCGCGCAGACUGAAAAAAAAAAUAUCAACAUAUAUAUAUAUUCAUUCUCAUCGGUGAAAGGAACGGUCUCUGAAGCUGGUCAUUCAAGCACCAUGCCAAAGCAGAAAGUAUUGCUUCUUCGUUCGAGCUCUGCGACUUUGGAUGAGGUUCUCAAAAAAGCUGCCGACCUGAAUAGUAAAUCGGGACCAUUCGAUGCUACCAUUAUAACAGGAGCUGUGCUCACAGAUUUAGCGUUCAAACCAGCAAACCCGGUUUCUUUUCCUGUGUAUGUUACCAAUGGGGGGCAGUUCGUUAGCGAACUGCGCGGAUCACAUACCAUAUGCGAUAAACUCAUCCUAUUAAACGAACAUGGCAUUUACGAACUUCCUAGUGGGAUGAAGAUCGGCUACUUUACGCCUUCUGAGCGCAUAGAGCCUUCUGCCGUCGAUGCCGAGCUAGAGAUCUUCAAAAAGGUGGGACGGUUAGAUAUACUACUGACCAAGGAGUGGCCGAAGUCUGUCCGCUCAAAGUUGGAAGAGGUGUCUGGCACUGAUACCGUGGACCAGUUGGUCAUUAGUAGCAAGCCUCAGUAUCACUUCGCGACACUAGGAGACAAAUAUUUUGAACUGGAACCCUUUGGAUGGGACCGGAGUAGCAUGCCAGAUAUUACCCGUUUUAUUAACCUGGCUACGUUUGGAAGCGGUGAGAAAUGGGCAUAUGCAUUCAAUAUCACGGUCGGUACAGACCAGGAGGCUUCUGUUCCGACAAAUCUAACUACGAACCCGUUUAUUACAAUGGAUAGGCCGAAACGGGACCUGGACUCGGAUCCACUCCCCCCACCAAAGAAGCGCACAAAAGUGUUGCCGGCAGCAUGCCACUUCUGCUUAAGCAAUCCUUCUGUCGAAGACCAUAUGGUCAUAUCGAUUGGCAAGCACUCUUAUUUGACCAUUGCGAAGGGCCCUCUUUCGGUACCUAGAGGGGAGAUGACCUUUUCUGGUCAUUGCCUGAUUAUUCCUAUUGAUCAUGUGCCAAAAUUCAAUAGCGCCUCACCAGACCAAACAACCUCAGCCAUAAUGGAAACCGAAAUGGGGAAAGAAGUUAUGCGUUACGAAUCUGCACUGGUCAACAUGAAUUACAAGAAAUUUGACAUGUCGACGCUCGUCUUUGAAAUCAAUUCGGUCAACUCUGUUCACUUUCACAAGCAGGUGGUUCCUGUGCCGAAAUAUCUGAUAGGAAGCUUCACCACUGCAUUGGACCGCCAGUUACACAUAAACAAUGAGAAGUUUAAAAAAAAUGCAAACUUCACCUUCCAAGAUUUUGAAGGUUUACAGCAUCCGGACUUCCUUGCACUGGUCAAUGAUCCUAAGACGAAUUACAUGCAGUUUACUGUGUAUGAAACACAUAAAGCCAGCCCCAAGGUCUUUAUUGCUACUUUCAAGUCCGAGGACAGCAUUGAUCUACAGUUUGGUAGAAGGGUGGCUGCGUUCCUUCUCAAAUUACCCAAGCGUGUAAUAUGGAACUCCAAGGCUUGCCUUCAAUCCAAGGAAGAAGAAGAGAUAGAGGUUAAAGACUUUCAGCGUAGUUUUCAAGAUUUUGAAUUUACAGAAUGA